AUGUCCCAAUUCAAUGAGGAAUUUCCAGCAACUGAGUUGAUAGAAGAUUCUAUCUCUGCAGAGAACCAAUUUCAAUCAUUUGUGGAUGAAACUGUUCAAUUUCCAUUCACAUACACUGAGGAAAUAGCUGCAACUGGGUUGAUGGAAGCUCCUAUCUCUACAGAGAACCAAGUGGGAUUAAUAUUAGAAGAAGCAACUUCACACAUUCAAGGGCAAAAUUUGGCCCCAAGAAGAUGCUAUAAUUCGUUUACUCAAACUCUAAACGAGAAUUCACCUAUGAUUCAAGGCUUGGAUACAUUAAAUGAAUACAACACAAGUAGUCAGAUAUUGAAGCCAAAUAUCAUGGGAAACAAUACUUUGAGUGACAUCAAUCAUCAAUCAUCUUCGAAUCAAAUGAACCCGGCCGUGCAGGAAAGAGGGAGAAUUGACAUGAGAGUUCCAAAUAAUCAAAUCAUGACUAGUGAAAGUUUUACAUUGCCACCUUUUCAAAAUGAUCAAAUUGUUAACUCUCACAAUGAAUGGAACUCUGGGUGGCCCGAAAACAACCGAUUCUCAAGUGUUGGUGUUAAUGAUUCACAAUACAACCCUAAUUACAAGCAGUAUACAGAAAUAUAUAAUCAAGUUGUUGACUCUGUUCAACUCUCCAGGCCCGAACAAUCAAUGAGUAUACAAAUGCAUCAAGUAGCUCCUGCUAAUGCAAACAAGGUCACCAUACAACCUGACAAAACAACAAUUGCUGAAUCUUCAUUUAUAAGGGCUCCUCCAAAUUCAAUUAUCAACAACCACAAUGCUACACCAAUGGUUUUGUCAAUUGGUCCAUCUAAUGUUAUUUUUCCUCAGCAAAAUCAAAGACUAAACUUGCAAAUUGGAAGGGGACAACAAGAACAACCAUGGGAAAAUCGACAACUUCAAAUUGGACAAAGUUCAUCUUCUAAAGAUCAAGAGAUCAAUAAUUUACCAUUGGGCCAAAGAGUUGACAUUGGUCUUGCUCUCCGACAACCAAACAAUGCACUUGAGAAUGCAAGGAUUCAAAAUCUUGGCAAUAAUAUCAAUGUUAAUCCCUAUCUUGAGCAAAAUCAAUAUUCAAGCAAUGCUCUCUAUGACUCUUUGUUUGAGAUUUGUGGUCAUGCAGUUGACCCCCACAUUAGAAUGUUUCUACAAUCGACCGAUCCAGAAAUACAAAGGUAUCUCAAGUUCGAUUGAAAAGUGUGUGGACUUCUAAUGCCAACUCUUUUUUAAUCCUUUUUUUUAUUAUCGUUGUUUAAUAAAAUUCUAAAAUAAGGGCUUGUUUUUGUGCUUACAUUAAGAGUGCACUAGAUGAGACCUAUCUUACCGUUUAUGUCUGGUAUAAUCUUACUCAU